CUGAACGAAGCUCCUUUAUCAGGUUUUCUCCUUCAAUAAGCAAUUUUGGAUUCUUCCUUAUAAGUGAUUCCCCACUUCCCCCCAACCACCUUUCCUUUUUCGCGUGGUGAAAGCUACUGCUCACUCUGUUCUUCUUAAUUCUCACAAACCCUCCAUUAAAGGAUAAAAAAACAAAAAAAAUCUCAAGAUUUGUCAUUUUUUUUUCUUUCGUCUAAAUCAAUAUCCUUUUUUUUGUCUUUUCAAAUGGGUUCUUUUAGUUUGUUCUGUUUUGUAACCACUGUGAGAGAGAUUUCAGGGUAGAAACAAAUCCAAAAGUUUCGAUUUUUAUUGUUUGUUUUGUCGCUUUUGAAGUAAUGAGUCAUUCGAUAUUGGAGAAAAUGGGAUGUUCGAACUCGAAAACAUCGAUGAUGAACACGAAGAAGAAGAAGAAUGAGCCGCUUCAGCUAUGUAAAGAAAGGAAGAGAUUUGUCAAACAAGCUAUGGAUUCAAGAUGUGCUUUAGCAGCCGCACACGUGUCAUACAUCCGUUCACUCCGGAACAUCGGAGCUUGUCUCCGUCAAUACGCUGAGGCGGAGUCGGCUGAUGAAUCAUCUCCGUCGUUAACAGCCACCGAGCCUGAGAAUGAGAAAUCCCCUUCUCAUAACUCCUCUUACCCUGACGACUCGCCACUGAGUCAUGUCUCGAAUCCAAACCCUAACCCUAAACCCCUUGUGAAUCUAAGCUACAUGAAGAUGGAUAUGGCUAACUCUGCUGUCACUUUCACGAUCAACCCUCUGAGCGACGGUGACGAUCUAGAGGAGACAAUGCCGGCGUUUUCUCCUUCUCCGCCGCGUCCUCGCCGUCCGGAGUCGUCUUCUUGGGAUUAUUUUGACACUUGUGACGAUUUUGAUAACUUGAGAUUUGUAGAACAAACCGAGAUUGAUUGUGAUGCAGCAGUUGUAGGAUUAGGAAAGUUUCGUCAAGGGAAUGUAGCAAAAUGUGGCACUCAGCAAGACUCGAAUUUUAAAGCAGAGCAGAGGAAACAGAGCUGUGAAGAUGAUGAUGAAGCUGGAAACGGUGAAAGAGAAGAUCCAUCAGAGUUUAUCACACAUAGAGCUAAAGACUUUGUCUCCAGCAUGAAAGAUAUAGAGCAUAAGUUCUUUAGAGCUUCUGAAUCUGGCAAAGAAGUUUCAAGAAUGCUUGAAGCUAACAAAAUCAGAGUCAGAUUUGCUGAUAUGACAGGAAAAGGGAACUCAAUAGCGUUUCUUGCAGCUUUGAAGCGAGCUUGUUGUAGAGGGAAGAGUUCUUCACCAGUUUCUCAAGAGCCAUUGAGUCAUCAAGUUAGUAAAGUCAUUGUGUGGAAGAGAACAUUGUCUUCAAGAUCCUCUACUUCUAGACAUCCGUUGAUCCAAACAUCAAAAGAAGAUCAUGAUGAUGAAAGUGGAAGUGAUUUCAUUGAAGAGUUCUGUAUGAUCUCAGGGAGUCACUCCUCUUCCCUUGAUCGGUUAUACGCGUGGGAGAGAAAACUAUAUGAUGAAGUCAAGGCUAGUGAGGUGAUUAGAAAAGAGUAUGAUCGAAAAUGCGAGCAGUUAAGAAACCAAUUCGCAAAAGAUCACAGCGCUAAAUCAAUGGAUAAAACAAGAGCAGCUGCUAAAGAUCUUCAUUCAAGAAUCAGAGUUGCGAUUCAGGCUGUUGAUUCGAUUUCAAAGCGGAUUGAGAGAAUCAGAGACGAGGAGCUCCAGCCACAGCUCUUAGAGUUUCUUCAAGGGUUGAUAAGAAUGUGGAAAGCGAUGCUUGAAUGUCAUCAUUCACAGUACAUUACCAUUUCACUGGCUUACCAUUGUCGAAACUCCUCCAAAACAACAGUGUCCGAGAACUUGCUCAAGAGACGGAUUUUGUCAGAACUUAUAGAAGAAACAGAGUGUUUUGGUCUAAGCUUUGUAUAUUUGGUAAACAGUAUGGUUUCUUAUGUGGAAGCUCUAAACGGUUGGCUUCACAACUGUGUCAUGCUCCCUCAAGAACGGUCUUUAAGAAACCGAAGACCAUGGUCCCCACGCCGUGUCCUGGCUCCACCUAUAUUCGUGCUUAUGGUUUCUUAUGUGGAAGCUCUAAACGGUUGGCUUCACAACUGUGUCAUGCUCCCUCAAGAACGGUCUUUAAGAAACCGAAGACCAUGGUCCCCACGCCGUGUCCUGGCUCCACCUAUAUUCGUGCUGUGUCGAGACUGGAUGGCUGGGAUCAAAUCUUUGCCGUCCGAUGAACUCAGCGGCUCAAUCAAGGGGUUCUCAUUAGAUAUGGAGAUGUUGGAGGAAAAAAAAGGUGGUGGUUCGGUGUUGGAUUCAGAUUUGUCUAAUGUGCAUUCCAGUUUGACAAAGCUUCUUGAGAGAUUAAAAAAGUUUACGGAAGCUUCUUUGAAAAUGUACGAAGAUGUAAAGGUGAAAUGUGAAGCAGCUAGAGUUGCUUACGGCAUUGAAAAUUCAGAAGAGGGCGUAUUAAUGUAA